ACCAUCAUCGCAACUCGCAAGUGACACCAAAACCUCCAUUCCCUCCACCCCCUCAGAGUCUCCUACGUUCAUGGCGACGGCGGCUGCGAGUCGGCCCAGCGGGCCUGUGCUGUCGACACCCAACUGCCGCUCCUACUCAUCCAACCCCGUCAAGCUCGCCGGCGGCGACGCCACCCACUUGCUGGGCAAGUCCGUCAGCGUCUCGUCCCCGUCCCCCACCAGGAGCCAGCACUACUGCACGUGCUCCGCGACGAACCACCCGGGCUCGUUCCGAUGCAGCGUCCACAAGGAGCGCAAGCAGGUGGCCCCCGCCGGCAGCAGCAAGCCCCCAUCCCCGCCGUCCAUCCGCGGUCUCGGCUCGAAGCGAAUGAGCAGCCGGCAGUGCGCCCGCAGGGCCCUCAAGCCGUCACCCGCGGUGCAGCAGUCGCAGCAACGGAGGCGCGCGGGCGGGUUCCGCCCCAGGCCCAGUAGGCUCUCCGCCGUGUCCACCGCCGGCGAGCGUCCCCGCGACAACUAGACGUAAACAAAUCAACCUCGACAUGCCAUAGCAAGAUGCUGACAAUGAAUAAGGACAAAACUUUUGGAGUUGUCUUCAAGACUUUACAUUCUCAUAGAUUUGGCAUUGGAAAAUUUGAAGAUGGUCGUUUGGAGGCUUGGAGAUGUGAAAGAUGCCAUGAUGAUUCCAAUUUUAAAGUGAUUUGUGAACUAUAAGUUCUAUUUUAGAACUUAUAUAGCUGUUGAACCAUCUACUAUUGUUUUUUGUUGAAAUUUA